CUUUAUUGGUUGUGUGUUAAUUGUGUGUAGUUCCAUUGUUGUAUCGCGACCAUUAGUGAGAGUGUUGUGUGUGUUGGUCAGUUGUGCCGUGUUUCUGUUAUAUGCACUUUAUUGUAACCUCUCUGCAUAGGCUCUAUUUGUUUGGCAAGCCAUGAAUACAUGCACCUUUAAUGGGGUUUUAAUGUUCAUGUUGUCCGUUUUCAGGUGGAAGAUCCGAAAUGGGUAAUCCUGUAAAAGUCAACGUUAUUAACGAGACGGUUUUGGGCGUGUAUACUUGUUUGGCAACCUGCUUUUGCAUAAGAUUCGUCGUCCACAAUACACACUCACGCACAGACACACAGGUUACAAAACUGUCUUAAGCAACAGAAAAUGAAUAGCCAAGGCAGGGCUUUAGAGCAGCUAGCCUGUGGUUUCUGUUCUGACUGUAAUUAAGGUGGUUUCAGAAACAUCUCUCUACGUUUCCUCAAAUAGGCAUACUCUGCACGUGCAGAAAAGCGUUUGUACGGGACCAUGCACACAUAAACGUGAACAAAAACUCUUCAAAGGGCACAUCAAAACAUAGAAGUACACUGGAUUGUAGAUGAUACAUUAUAGUACAAGGGGGGAGUUGCUCCAUCUGCUGUCCAAAUGGUGUUACUACAGGAAAAUGGGUUUGUUGGGUUUGGCUGUUGGUAUUUUCUUCAGUUACUCUGUCUCUGGACUAACUGUUUCCACAUGUUUGGUUUAUGUAAAGCAACUUUUAACUAAAACAUUACAACCGAGUCCUUGCUGCGCCGCUGUCACGUAAAAACGUAUUUUAUUCUUGAAUCCAGUUUGUCAAAUAGGGAUGACAAAUAAUCAAUCAUUAACAAUUUGGAAGCGUCAAGCCAAAUCUCUUGAUCGCUGAGAUGUCCUAAAAACCAAACAGAGUAAGGUAGCUCGUCCCUCCCCGUUAUAAAAUGCGUUCCAAGCCCCGUUAUUGAUAGGGAGUAUUCUCUUUCCUAUAAUUUCUGGAAUUCCAAGACGGUGACAGGGAGGUAGUGGCGCGGGUGCUGUCCUGUGCCAAAAAGGGGGUGUGUGUGUGUGUGCGUGCGUAGGCCUGGGCUGCACGCAGACAGGGAGUACGAGCACACCGAACAAGUGAGGGUUUUUAGGAGCGUGAGGGAUUAAAUAUUUUUCUAUUUCGAAGGAGAUAACGGAAAACCCGACGGAAACAUGGGGUAAAUAAAUACGUUGAAACGCUCAACAACGUGGGACAAUUUGACAGACAGUACGUCUUAUAUCUGCCUACGUCAAAAAAAAAAAUCCUAAUCCACAUGUAGGCCUACUCUACUGCCAGUCUGUCCGUGGGUAGCGUGAACGCAAGCCGCAUAAUCGGUUUCAUAAUGCGGACGUGAGGUACCCUGUAGUAAAACGGAGAAAAACGAGAAGCUAGGAAGACAGCCGAGGUGUUGGCUAUCUCGACAGCAGGCAAAGGCGAAGGCAGGGCCACUCGUGUCUCUUGCCAGGACGAAGAAGACGAGGCGGCUGAUCCACUGGAACCAUAAUGUCAAACCGCAAACACCGGGACAACCAGGAGAUAUGCGCUCGCAAGGUACGGGAGCUCGCUCAGUCGGGAGUAAACAGACACUGCUUCGAGUGCAGCCAGCCCGGGGUGACUUACAUCAACAUCACCGUGGGCUGCUUCGUGUGCACCUCGUGCUCUGGAAUGUUGAGAGGCUUGAACCCUCCCCAUAGAGUCAAGUCCAUCUCCAUGACAACCUUCUCCCAACAGGAAGUGGAAUUCCUCCAAAACCAUGGCAAUGAGGUGGGUAGAAGGACCUGGCUCUGCCUGUUUGACCCAAAGGCGGACGGCUCGGACACCCGGGACUCACACAAGUUCAAGGAGUUCCUCCAGGACAAAUAUGAGAAGAAGAAAUGGCAUUUUUCCAAAGUAAGGGUCGGAGAGACCUGGAGGGUCCUUGGAGCCCUGGGGGUCCAGGCCGUGCCCCCCCCUCACGGUGGUCCGGUCGCAAGCCAGACCACUGCCCAUAGCAUGCUCCCCAACGCCAGACCAGCCAGGUCUCUAGUGUCCCAGGCCCAGCUGCCACCCUGGGAUCGAGCGCCCACCAUCUCGCCCGCCGACAUGCGUGCAGACGCGUUCACGGCCCGCCUCCCCUCGCGCUCCCAGAGCUUCAGAGACCCUCCCCUGAAAGGUGAGCUCUGGGGUGACUCGAGGGGGGGGGGCGGGGCUGACUCUAAACGAAACCACCAAGUAACCAUUCCUAUCUUUGGACCCACCGCUCAUCGGUGA